AUGUUCCUAACUGUCUACAGGCCUCCUAAAUACUGUGCAGCCUUUUUUGAUGAAUUUUCUGAACAACUGUCUACAAUCUGUAUUGACUUUGACUGUGUAGUUAUUGUUGGUGAUUUUAACAUUCAUGUUGACAAACUCCAUGACAAAGGGACUAAAGAAUUGUAUUGUGUCAUUGAUAACUAUAAUCUGAAUCAGCAUGUGACGGAGCCCACACACAACAAAGGUCACACUCUGGACUUAGUCAUGUCCAAGGGUGUUAGCAUUUCUAAGGUUGUUGUGAUUGAUGCUGCCCUCUCUGAUCAUUCCUGUGUUUUCUUUGAGAGUGCUAUCUCUGUGCAGACUAAUGUUCAAAGAAAAGUAAUCACAAAACGGUACAUAACAGAAAACACCUGUGGAACAUUUAUUCAGGCUUUCUCCUCCACGCCCACUCUCCCUUGGGUCUCAGUAAAUGAGCUUGUCGAUAAUUUCAAAGUGAAAAUUACAAAUAUUAUUGAUGCCAUUGCACCCACUAAGGUGAAAGUGGUCCCUGGCAAAAAGAAGUCUCCAUGGAGAAACGCCACGUUGGUAAAAAUUGAAAAAAGAGAGUGUCAGAAAGCUGAACACAGGCUAACAAACCCUCCUGUGUCAGUAGCCCCUGAACUGCUUUCCACAAGGGCCUGUAAUGAAUAUGCCUCCUUCUUCACCAACAAAAUUCAGAAAAUUAGGCAAGCAGUCAGUGCCUCCACAUCAGGUGCAGGACAUGUGCUGUCCAUGUGUCCACUUAUAAUCAAUUCAAAUACCAUGACACAAUUUUAUGUUAUUAACCAUAAAACCUUGGAGGACAUUAUACAACAUUUGAAAUCCUCCUCCUGCUGCAUAGAUAUUCUACCAACAGGCCUUUUCAAAGGUAUAUCAAACUGCAUGACCUCAGACCUUCUACAGAUUGUACACACAUCCCUUCUCUCAGGUGUCUUCCCACAGGCCCUGAAAACUGCUGUUAUCAAGCCUCUCUUAAAAAAGAACAACUUAGACACUUCACUACUGAACAAUUAUAGACCAAUAUCAAACCUCCCAUUUCUCAGUAAAAUCAUUGAAAAAGCUGUUUUUAAGCAGCUGAACAACAUCAUGUUAAUGAACAGCUGUUUUGAUGUCUUCCAGUCAGGAUUUAGACCACACCACAGCACUGAGAUGGCUCUUGUUAAGGUCUUCAAUGACAUUCACUUAAACCCAGACAAUGGCAAAAUUUCAGUCUUAGUAUUACUAGAUCUCAGUGCUGCAUUCGACACAGUCGAUCACAACAUAUUACUAGACCGUCUGGAAAACUGGGUGGGACUUUCCGACACAGCAUUAAAAUGGUUUGAAUCCUACUUGAAGGACAGGGACUGCUUUGUGUCUAUAGGUAAUUACACAUCUGAGCGUGCAAAAAUUACAUGUGGAGUUCCCCAGGGCUCCAUUCUGGGGCCUCUUCUGUUUAACAUCUACAUGCUUCCACUGGCUCAGAUCAUGAAAAACAUCAAAAUAUGUUACCAUAGUUAUGCAGACGACACACAAAUCUACAUAACAAUAUCACCAGGAGACUAUAGUCCAAUACAAGCACUGAGUAGAUGCAUUGAGCAAAUCAACGAUUGGAUGAACCAGAAUUUUCUCCAAUUAAACAAAGAAAAAACUGAAAUAAUUGUUUUUGGAGCCAAGGAAGAACAAUUAAAAGUUAGCACCCAGCUUCAAAUGGUAAUGCUAAAAACAACAAACCAAGCCAGAAACUUAGGAGUAGUCAUGGACUCAGACCUGAACUUCAACAGCCACAUAAAAACAGUCACAAAAUCAGCCCACUAUCACCUAAAGAAUAUAUCAAGGAUUAAAGGACUUAUGUCUCAGCAGGAUUUGGAAAAACUUGUCCAUGCAUUUAUCUUCAGCAGGCUCGACUACUGUAACAGUGUCUUUACAGGUCUCCCUAAAAAGUCGAUCAGACAGCUGCAGUUAAUUCAGAACGCUGCUGCUCGAGUCCUCACUAAGACCAAAAAAGUAGAUCACAUUACUCCAGUUCUGAGGUCUUUACACUGGCUUCCUGUCUGUCAAAGAAUUGAUUUCAAAAUACUACUGUUGGUUUACAAAGCACUGAAUGGUUUAGGGCCAAAAUACAUUUCUGAUCUUCUGCUUAGCUACGAACCACCCAGACCUCUCAGAUCGUCUGGGACAGGUCUGCUCUGUGUCCCCAGAGUCAGAACUAAACAUGGAGAGGCAGCAUUUAGUUUUUAUGCACCACAUAUCUGGAAUAAACUCCCAGAAAACUGCAGGUCUGCUGCAACUCUCGGCUCUUUUAUAUCUAGACUGAAGACUUUUCU